AUUAUACAGAUGAACGUCUUUAUAGUGAACUUUCAUAUAAUAAAACUAUUUAACUCGCGUUCAGGUCCAGGUCAAGUAAUCAUUCGAUAGUGACUUCCAAAAUUUCGUUUCGGUCAUCUGAGCAUGAUGAACUCUAUAGCUUAUAAUUUACCGAUCCAAAUAGGUAUAGAUCGCCGAAAUGAAAGUCCUUGGCCGGUUAAAAUCCGGUUCAACUUUGGUACUGUCGUGAGAAUCAGAAAUAUUGAACAAACUUCACUUCCUCCAGGGGUCCAACCCUGUAGAAAGAGCUCGUUUCUUGUACCUCCCUUAAGAUGACUUCGAUGACAAUUGACUUAUGCUUUCCGAUCAAUGAAUAUCGGUAAAGAGUUACUAACAGUACCAUUUUGAAGUCAUAUGACUGCAUCGGAGAAGUUUAAACUACAUGUUACCGAAGAGGCUAAGCAAACGAGAUGCUUUAAGAGAAUUCAAUCUGUAGUUGUAAAAAAAACAUAUCUGCAAAACUAGUAUAAUCAGGAAGUCUGGUUCCAUUAGCUAAAAAUAAGCCAUUACCCUAUAUACCCUUCUAAUAAAAUGCUGUAUGUGGCACUGCCUUCAUAUUCUAUGCUAUUGAGUACAUAGCCUUCUAGCAUUAUCUGUAUAGAUUACAUUUUCUAUAUACAUAUGUAUUUGUAUUUCAAUGAUUAUUUGAAAUCCGCAAUAAUGUACAUCAAUGUUGUAUAUGUAUAUGUAUAUACGAGAAAAAAAUUAAAAUUAUAUAAAAGCUGCAUCAAAUGCGCUGGGUUUUGAGUGUUUACUGGCUAUUUUUGUCGAACGUCAGCUGAGAAGCCUUUAAUCCUAAAUUUAAGCAUGGAACGUUGGAAGAAUCGUGUUGCCGUCGUAACCGGCGCCAGUGCGGGUAUUGGUGCUGCCUGUGUCAAAUAUCUCGCGAAUAAUGGUAUGAUAGUUGUGGGUCUUGCGCGUCGUAAGGAGUGCAUCGAAGCGCUGCGUGAUCAAGUGGAAGCGUCGGCACGCGAUCGUCUGCACGGUCUUCAAUGUGAUCUGCGCGAUCAGCAACAGAUCAUAGACGUAUUCAAAGUGAUCGUCUCCAAAUACGGACCCAUUGCGGUGCUAGUAAAUAAUGCUGGGGUUCUGCGAAACACUAAUUUGGUGAACGAUGAUAAUCAGCAGGAUAUACAGGAUGUGAUCGAUACAAAUAUAGUGGGUGUGGUGAAUUGUACAAGAGAAGCCUUUCGUUCGAUGAAAGCGCACGGUGGUGUUGGACAUGUCUUUCUAAUUAAUAGCAUUUGUGGACAUAAUGUGCCGAAGGCACCCAAUUUUUCAUUAAAUAUCUAUCCAUGCACAAAGCAUGCUGUGACCGCAAUGACGGAAGUUUAUCGACAUGAAUUUCAUAUGUUGGGUACAAAAGUCAAAGUGACGAGCAUCAGUCCUGGUACGGUGAACACUGAAAUCAUAUUACCAAAAAUGAAAGAAAUAUUGGCCGACGCGCCAUUUUUACAACCCGAAGAUGUAGCCGAAGCUCUUAUUUAUUGUCUGCAGACGCCACCACAUGUGCAGCUGCACUUAGAUGAGCAGGCGUUUGAGUUGUUGCCGGAUAUUUCAGUCGAACGCCAACAAACAAAUCGUUUAAUCCUAUCCGGACUACACCAGAAUAUGGAACGUUGGCAGAAUCGUGUUGCUGUCGUCACCGGCGCCAGUGCGGGUAUUGGUGCUGCCUGUGUCAAAUAUCUCGCGAAUAAUGGUAUGAUCGUUGUCGGUCUGGCGCGUCGUAAGGAGCGCAUCGAAGCGCUGCGUGAUCAAGUGGAAGCGACGGCACGCGAUCGUGUGCAUGCCAUGCAAUGUGAUAUGCGCGUUCACCAACAGAUCAUAGACGCAUUCAAAGUGAUCGUCGCCGAAUAUGGUCCCGUUGCGGUGCUCGUGAAUAAUGCCGGCAUUGUGCGGAUUGCCAAUUUGGUGGAUGAUAAUAAUCUGCAGGAGGUACAGGAUGUGAUCGAUACAAAUAUAGUGGGUGUGGUGAAUUGUACAAGAGAAGCUUUUCGUUCGAUGAAAGCGCAUGGUGGUGUUGGACAUGUCUUUCUAAUUAAUAGCAUCUUUGGACAUUUUGUGGCGAAUAUACCGAAUAUUUCGAUAAAUAUGUAUGCAUGUUCAAAGCAUGCUAUGACCGCAAUGACGGAGGUUUAUCGACAGGAAUUUUAUAAGUUGGGUACAAAAAUCAAAGUAACUAGCAUCAGUCCGGGUGUAGUCGACACUGAAAUCUUAACACCGAAAGUGAGGGAAAUAAUGAAUAACACGCCACCUUUAAAAUCCGAAGAUAUAGCCGAUGCGCUAAUUUAUUGUCUGCAAACGCCGCCACAUGUGCAGAUUCAUGAAAUGAUCAUAAAACAUGUUGGAGAAUUAUUUUAAUGUCAUAUGUGUAAACUAUAUUAUUUUUGUUGCAAUAAAACGCCAAAUUGGUAGUAGUUGGUUGAUUAAA